ACAAUCUCUCUCCCCUGUUAGUCACAAGUUAGGAACGAUUGAGUGUGUGUGUGUGUGCGUUCAGCGGCUCAAGAUGUUACUACACGCCCAAAUAGUCAUAGUCACAGCAAUAGUCACGGAGGGAGCCAGACUACCCCCCUCAGUGUACGACUACUACGACUAUUUAGACAUUCCACGGUCAGCCAGCCCAAAGCUACCAAGACGACCACAAAACCCGCCCAAGCUGCCACAUUUCCAGCCCAAACUGCCACAAAACCCGCCCAAUCCCCGCCCAUUUAAGCCAAGCCAGCGUUAUGAGCCAAACCCAGUCCAGCUUAAGCCUAAAGUGAGUCAGAGGCAGUAUUUGAAGCCUAUAAGCCCAGCCCAGAGCAAGUUUAAGCCUAUUUAUGGGACAGAAGAAGCUUAUCGGCCAAAUCUAGCCCAAAAUCAACAAAUUCCAGCCCAAUCGUCACUGUUCCUAGCCCAAAAGUCUUAUAAAGUGAGAGAGAGAGGUGACGCGCCAGAAAUUCAAUCUAAUCCGGAUUUACAAGAACGGUUCGAGAGGGAUAGGGUUCAAAGUUACCAUGAUUAUGAAAACAGAGAGGAAAUUCGACCUAAUCCGGAUUUACAAGAACGAUUUGAGCGGGAGAGGAUUCAAAGUCACCCGGAUUUCAGAAACAUAGAGGAAAUCCGAUCUAAUCCGGAUUUACAAGAACGGUUUGAGAGGGAGAGGAUUCAAAGUCACCCGGAUUUCAGAAACAUAGAGGAAAUCAGACCUAAUCCGGAUUUACAAGAACGGUUUGAGCGGGAGAGGAUUCAAAGUUACCCGGAUUUCAGAAACAUAGAGGAAAUCCGACCUAAUCCGGAUUUACAAGAACGGUUUGAGCGGGAGAGGAUUCAAAGUUACCCGGAUUAUGAAAACAGAGAGGAAAUUCGACAUAAUCCGGAUUUACAAGAACGAGAGAGAUACGAGACCCGCCAAAUUCAACCGUACCCGGAUUCUGAGAGGGAGACCGUUCGUGUGAAUCCGGAUUUUGAAGAACAGGAGAGAUUUGAGAGGGAAAGAAUCCAAAAUUAUCCGAAUUUUUACGAACAACAAUACGAGGAAGAGACGAGAGGAAGAUAUGAAGAGGAGGAAGAGGAGGAGGAAGAGGAGAUACUGCCAGCGGAAGACAUAGUGAGGAAGAGGGAAGUCCUUCACUAUGGAGGAGGAGGAGGAAGAGGAGGAGGAGGUCAUUUAGAUGCUAAUGGUCAAGAGUUCGUGAGAGAAGCCGCCAAAGUUGAAGGAGGGAAGGAGGGCGACGGAAGAUUGGCUUUCCAAAUACACGGUCAACACGGCCCCCAUUCAUACAGAUUCGGUUAUGACACUGGCAAAGGGUACAACAGACAGUUCCGGUACGAGGAGAGGGGCGCAGACGGUACGGUACAUGGCCGGUACGGUUUCUAUGACAAGGAUGGAAAGUUGCAGGUUGUCAAUUACUCUGCUCAUCCAAAACACGGGUUCUCAGCUGAUGUCCCGCACUCUUAGGGGUGUUUGGGGUGUUUGGGGUGUUUUGAGGGGUUUAAGGGUGUUUUUGGGGUGUUUUGGUGUGUUUUUGAGUGUUUUUGAGUGUUUUUUGGUGUGUUUUGAGGUGUUUUUGAGU